AUGCAUUACUUGAUGGAUGAUUUCGCUUCCACCACCAGCACCACCACAGUACAGGCGCGUCGCUCGCGACCGCGUCCGCUCACAGUCGUAGUUCCUGGCAGACUACGACUACCAGUAGCGCCUCCAUCGCCACUCUUCGGUGGAGCUAAUGAGCACAUUAGUGCAGAGCCAUUCCCUGAAUUUGUUGACCCAUGCCCCCCAGUCAAAGCUGAGCCGCUACAUUGCAUCUUGCAUUGCGAGGACAACGUAUGCAAGCGAAUGGUCGCAGGUGACAUACCAAUGCCAUCGUGUCGAUGCGGUGACGAUGUAGAUCAAUUUUCGCCCCGUGUCAACACGCCCAUGAUCAAAGGUCCCGCAAUCUCCCUCGGAGAUACGAUCUUCGAGACAAUCCUGGAGUCCGCGUCCUACAUGGAAGCUGGCCAGGCUAUGGAGAUCCAGCGAGAUGAUGUACGUGUUUUGCUUGAGCAAUUCGAAUCAAUUGUGAUGCGCCGUGCGCUUGCCAACGAAGAGUUCAUGGCAAUCGUUCGGGGCCACGCAACCUAUAGACCCGAGGCCGUAGCACACGAUCGGGUUGUACACUAUCUCUUCGAGCUCUUGUCGAUGUACUUCGAGCGCACGAUGCGAGACGUAGACAGUCGCAAGGUCACCGCAGACAAUCUUUGUGCCGAACUCAAGGUUUAUCUGUACACCGGCUUGGCAGACUGGAUGUUCAGGUACUCCAAUCGUUUCGAAUUUGACGAGAUUAUGAAGGAAUUUCAUGAUGAUGGACGUAUACUCCUUGAAAUAGCCAACUUCGGUAUGACUGGUGCAGUUUCAAAGCUCUGGACUGAGUGUCUCGACGAUGUUGUACGACUCUUCGUCUGGCGUCAUGUACAAACUGCCAAGGCCAAGGCCAGCUUCAAAAUCUGUAUUGCCGGCAUAAGUGUAUUGGGUGUAUACUCGAUCACUGCAGGUAUUGCCGGUUUAUUGGGGUUCUGGUAA